CGCGGGGCCCCCCUCGCCUUCCCGCCCGCCCCUAUUGUUCCGCCCCCGGCCUCCCGCCCUUCCCCUUCCCGCCCGCUCCCCUUUUCCCCUCAGUCGCCUCGCGCCUGCAGUUUUUGGCUUUCACCCCCACCAGUGACCAAAGACUUGACCACUCAAAGUCCAGCUCCCCAGAACACUGCUCGACAUGGACACCGGUGUGAUUGAAGGUGGAUUAAAUGUCACUCUCACCAUCCGGCUACUUAUGCAUGGAAAGGAAGUUGGCAGUAUCAUCGGAAAGAAAGGAGAAUCAGUUAAGAAGAUGCGUGAGGAGAGUGGUGCACGUAUCAACAUCUCAGAAGGGAAUUGUCCUGAGAGAAUUAUCACUUUGGCUGGACCCACUAACGCGAUCUUCAAAGCCUUUGCUAUGAUCAUUGACAAACUGGAAGAGGACAUCAGCAGCUCUAUGACCAAUAGCACAGCUGCCAGUAGACCCCCAGUUACCCUGAGGCUGGUGGUCCCUGCUAGUCAGUGUGGCUCUCUCAUUGGGAAAGGUGGUUGCAAGAUCAAGGAAAUACGAGAGAGUACAGGGGCUCAGGUCCAGGUGGCAGGGGAUAUGCUCCCCAACUCAACUGAGCGGGCCAUCACUAUUGCUGGCAUUCCGCAAUCCAUCAUUGAGUGUGUGAAACAGAUCUGCGUGGUCAUGUUGGAGACUCUCUCCCAGUCCCCCCCGAAGGGCGUGACCAUCCCGUACCGGCCCAAGCCGUCCAGUUCUCCAGUCAUCUUUGCAGGUGGUCAGGACAGGUACAGCACAGGCAGCGACAGUGCGAGCUUUCCCCACACCACCCCGUCCAUGUGCCUCAACCCUGACCUGGAGGGACCACCUCUAGAGGCCUAUACCAUUCAAGGACAGUAUGCCAUUCCACAGCCAGAUUUGACCAAGCUGCACCAGUUGGCAAUGCAACAGUCUCAUUUUCCCAUGACGCAUGGCAACACCGGAUUCAGUGGCAUUGAAUCCAGCUCUCCAGAGGUGAAAGGCUAUUGGGCAGGUUUGGAUGCAUCUGCUCAGACUACUUCUCAUGAACUCACCAUUCCAAAUGAUUUGAUUGGCUGCAUAAUCGGGCGUCAGGGCGCCAAAAUCAAUGAGAUCCGUCAGAUGUCUGGGGCGCAGAUCAAAAUUGCGAACCCAGUGGAAGGAUCUACUGAUAGGCAGGUUACCAUCACUGGAUCUGCUGCCAGCAUUAGCCUGGCUCAAUACCUAAUCAAUGUCAGGCUUUCCUCGGAGACGGGUGGCAUGGGGAGCAGCUAGAACAAUGCAGAUUCAUCCAUAAUCCCUUUCUGCUGUUCACCACCACCCAUGAUCCAUCUGUGUAGUUUCUGAACAGUCAGCGAUUCCAGGUUUUAAAUAGUUUGUAAAUUUUCAGUUUCUACACACUUUAUCAUCCACUCGUGAUUUUUUAAUUAAAGCGUUUUAAUUCCUUUCUCUGUUCAGCUGUUAAUGCUGAGAUCCAUAUUUAGUUUUAUAAGCUUCUCCCCCCCCCCCCUUUUUUUGGCUCAUGAAUUUUUUUUUUUCUGUUUGUCAUGGAAAUGUAAGAGUGGAAUAUUAAUACAUUUCAGUUUAGUUCUGUAAUGUCAGGAAUUUUUCAAAAAAAUUAAAAGAUGGACUGGAGCUUUUUCUUUGUGAAUAGAAA